AGAAGGGGGCGGCAGAGGGGGCCAAGGACGGAGAGAGCGGGAAGGAGGGGGAGAAGAAGAAUGGCAAGUACGAGAAGCCGCCGUUCAGCUACAACGCGCUCAUCAUGAUGGCCAUCCGGCAGAGCCCCGAGAAGCGCCUCACGCUCAACGGCAUCUACGAGUUCAUCAUGAAGAACUUCCCCUACUACCGGGAGAACAAGCAGGGCUGGCAGAACUCCAUUCGCCACAACCUCUCCCUCAAUAAGUGCUUCGUCAAGGUGCCCCGCCACUACGACGACCCGGGCAAAGGGAACUACUGGAUGCUGGACCCCUCCAGCGACGACGUCUUCAUCGGGGGCACCACCGGCAAGCUCCGCCGGCGCUCCACCACUUCCCGGGCCAAGCUGGCCUUCAAGCGGGGCGCCCGCCUCACCUCCACCGGACUGACAUUCAUGGAUAGGGCAGGAUCCUUGUACUGGCCUAUGUCCCCCUUCCUCUCCCUGCACCACCCGCGGGCCAGCAGCACUUUGAGUUACAAUGGGACCACGUCCGCCUACCCCAGCCACCCCAUGCCCUACAGCUCAGUGUUGACUCAAAACUCCUUGGGAAACAACCACUCCUUUUCCACGUCUAAUGGGUUAAGUGUUGAUAGACUAGUCAAUGGAGAGAUACCUUAUGCCACUCAUCACCUCACAGCAGCAGCUCUGGCCGCCUCAGUGCCGUGUGGCUUGUCAGUUCCCUGCUCCGGCACCUAUUCCCUAAACCCCUGCUCUGUAAACCUCCUAGCAGGACAGACGAGUUACUUUUUCCCCCAUGUUCCUCACCCUUCAAUGACUUCUCAAAGCAGCACUUCAAUGACGGCCAGGGCAGCCUCCUCCUCAACGUCGCCACAGGCGCCCUCCACUCUCCCCUGUGAGUCCUUAAGACCUUCUUUGCCAAGUUUUACAACGGGACUUUCCGGAGGACUUUCUGAUUAUUUCACACAUCAAAAUCAGGGGUCUUCUUCAAACCCUUUAAUACAUUAACAUCCAUGGGAUCAGACUGUAAGUGAACAUUUUACACACAUUUGCAUUGUAAAUGAUAAUUAAAAGGA